ACAUGUGCCACACUUAAACUUCGAACAAAAGAAUAUUUGUCCUUCUCGGGCCUCCGUCGUUGUGUCUCGUCGUGACAACAUGGAUCCUGUUAACAACUUCACCUCGGUGUUUGAGUGAUUAAUGCGUUUAGUCUUGGCCACACCACCCUUCUUUUGAGUUAUUCUGCUCACCCGGAGACCAUGUUCACCACCACCGGUUCCCGGGGCCUCUACAAGGCUCCUCUGUCUAAAGGCCUUCUGCUGGUUCUCAAUGGGCUGACGGUGAUGCUGACCCUGCUGCCACAGUACCAAGAUAUGUUUAUUUACAACUUACAGGCCAUCACACAUCAGCACCAGGUGUGGAGGCUGAUUUGUGGCAGGCUCGUCUGUCUCGAUGUGAAGGAUUCCUUCUGCAGCAGCCUCCUAAUUUAUAACUUUCGAAUCUUUGAGAGGAGGUUCGGAACCAGGAAGUUCGCUUCCUUCCUGCUGGGCACUUGGUGUCUCUCUGCAUUGGUGGACCUCCUGUUGGCCCAGGCUGUCCUGUAUCUGUUUGACUAUGAAGUGGAAGAAGUUUCUGCUGGACUGCUUGCCCCUGUCUUCGCCCUCUUUGUGCCUUUCUACCUGUCAGUCCCCAGGAUGCCCGUCACCCAGGUGCUGGGCCUCAUCCACAUCACCAACAAGUCCCUGGUUUACAUAGUAGGCUUGCAGCUGUUGACUUCCAGCCCUUUCAUGUGGCUCCUUGCACUCAGUGGACUGAUCUCCGGUGGGCUGUACCACUCCAACGUUCUCUGGUUGCAGAAGAUUGUUUUUGUUCCCGCCUGGGUGUCUCGCAUUGGGCGGUUUGUGUUGGAGCCAAUCUUCUCAAGUUCUCAGCCGAGUGAUGAGACACCUCUGGGGAUGGGAGCCACUCUGGACAUUCAGAGACAGCAGAGAAUGGAUCUGCUGGACCAGCAGCUGCUACUAGCUCAAUACAACGAGGCCAGGAGGAACACUAGCCAUCAGCCACAGGCUGGGUUGUUGCAGUGGACCAGGUUGUUUCCAUCCCUGAGGCACAGAGGACAGAACCGUCCCCCUAUGCAGCCUCACCCACAGGCUCAAACUCAUCAGUCCACACAGUCACCAUUAUUAGAGAACUCUGCUGUUGCAGAGGAGCAGGUUGCACGGUUAGUGGAAAUGGGCUUUUCCAGGAUCGACGCCCUCGAGGCCCUCCGAGCUUCAAAUAACGACAUUAAUCUGGCAACAAACUUCCUCCUGCAACACUGACAGGGAACAUCAGUGAGGGGAAGGUUUAUUUAAAAACAAACUAAUAAAGGAGUAAAAAGAUGAACGCAGACGGCACAGAACAACCAUUAAAGAACCAACCACAAGUAAGAAUUGUUGCACAGAACCAAAGAGAAUCGGUGUAGGAAAAACCAUAAAUUGUACAGAUUAUUUGCGGGUGGUGUCACUGCUCCCUGUGGUGGUGCUGGGCUGAAGCACCCUGAGGUGAGGCUGGCGAAGUAAAAGACGAUUGCGUCAUAGCUUUUUGACAGCUGUGAAACGGGUGUUGUUGCACAAAGCAGGCGAGUUAGAGCUCAAACUCUAAAGAACAGCUCGUUGGAAAUGCAGAGAUCAACCAAGCUGGAGCUGCUGCAUCUUCAGAAUACUAAUCUUUACUCCAGACCAGCUGGUUCGCUAACUCUCCAUGUUAGAAUCCAAAAACACAGUUUUAUGUUUUCUCGUGUCACGUUGGGCAGCUUUAUAAAAGCAGACAUUUACAGAUGGUGUGAAAAAUGCACCAAGCAUUUAAAAAAAUGCAUUCGGAAUCUAGUUUUUGCGUUCCAUUGGAUGAACUGGAAAUCACUUGUUUUUGCAUCUGCUACAGCAGAAGGUUAAAUAGUCUCAAGGAAUCUCUUAUGUCACCUGGUUCAUCGGGAUUUUCCUGCUGUUAUUUGGCAGGGUUUCAUGGAUGUAUCAGGGCUAAGCCUUUUCAUUGAUGAGAGGUUUUAGCACAACACCCACAGCCUGACUGGCAGGAACCACGAGCCUCGUGUCUUUGGAGGUGACUGGUUUGCCUCUGCUGUUAGAAAGACAAGGCUGCCUGGUGGCAUGCUGGUCUGAGGGCUUUUCUCAGGGUCCGCGUGUAACAAGUUUAUAUUCUUUUAUUCCGUCUUAACCGCACCUGUCUCCGCUAGCACACCUGUCAUAUCACAGAAAUCUUAAAAAUCUGUUUGUAUUUAUUAUGCAACACCACGUCAAGAGAAAUCUAUGGAAAGUAAGCACUGCUAAAGAUCUACUUUGUGUAAAUAAACAGAAAUGCAAGAAAGGUGGUAUUGCAGCCACUGAUGUCAAAAGGAAGAUGCUAAUUUUAUAUUUUGUGCAUAAUAAUAUUGAUAUUUGACCACUGAAAUAUGUUGUUGGUGUGUGUGUGUGUGUGUAUAUUUGAGAGUUAUUCUUUAAUAUAUGGGUGUGAUGAGAGAUUAGUUGCAUGGACAACUUUCUGGUAAACUAAUAGUUUUAAUUUGAUCUGUGGAAUAAAUGGCCUCUUGACUGAG